UCCGUGCUCAGCCGCACAGAAUCUGCAGCAGGCGCCGCUCGCUGCGCCCCGGCACCCUCGGGCGGCCCCAGGGGGAAGCGGAGCUUUGCGCAGGGCGGCCGCGAGGCGAUGAGGACGAUGAGCUCCCCGUGGGCUCGGUUCUACUCCAACAGCUGCUGCCUGUGCUGCCAUGUGCGCACCGGGACCAUCAUCCUCGGCGUCUGGUACCUGAUCAUUAAUUCAGUGGUAUUGCUGAUCCUGCUGAGUGCCCUGACUGAUCCUGACCAGUACCACUUACCAAAUGCUGAGUUAGGGGGCGAAUUUGAAUUUAUGGAUAAUGCCAAUAUGUGCAUUGCCACUGCAAUUUCUCUCCUUAUGAUUCUGAUCUGUGCGAUGGCUACAUAUGGAGCAUAUAAGCAACAUGCAGCCUGGAUCAUCCCUUUCUUCUGUUACCAGAUCUUUGACUUCGCCCUCAACACGCUGGUUGCCAUCAGUGUGCUUGUUUAUCCAAACACAAUUCAAGACUAUCUACGACAACUGCCUGUUAACUUUCCCUACAAGGAAGAGAUUAUGGCAGUAAAUCCUACUUGUCUAGUUGUGAUUAUUCUACUCUUCAUAAGCAUAAUUCUGGCUUUCAAGGGUUAUUUGAUUAGCUGCGUAUGGAACUGUUACCGGUACAUUAAUGGCAGAAACAACUCUGAUGUGCUGGUGUACAUUGCUACCAAUGACACUGCGGUGCUGUUGCCCCCUUACGAAGAUCCUGCAAAUGCAGCUGGUAAAGACCCACCACCACCUUAUGUAUCAGCAUAAGCAAGAAUGUGAAGUGUACCUAAGAACAAUAGCUUUACUUUUCAAACAUUUGAGCAAUAGUUUGUUUAUUUCACUUCCAGGCUGUAACUCUAAGAUUUAUGUGUUGCUGUUUAGCUGAAAUUUUGAAAUGUAGAUAUUGUGUUCAACAUGCUGUAGAUAGUUUUAAUAAUGUGCUUCAACUGAAACAAUAUGUUGAAUUGGUUUCAGGAACUUUUUUGAGAGGGUGAGGGGGGAUAGUGUUAAGGUGACAAGAAUCAUACAGUAGCUUUUAUUCACCUCAUUUUGACAUGCAGUGCUAGAGAAUUUAGAACUUUUGUGUAUAAAUCAGGUGUAAAUUUCCUUUUUCUCUACAAAGCGUCCAGAUCAGUAGAAACAAGUUUCUGAAAUGCCCAUUUUCCACCUGUAGAAUGUAUUGUACAAAGUGUAGUCUGUCAGUCCCAAAAAAGUGACAUUCCACUUUACUCCUAAAAAGCUAAUAAAAUAUUGUGCUGAAGCGAAUGAAGGAACAGGAGUAAGCUAUGGUGUUCUCACUAACCAAGUUCAUCACAAACACUUAAUUGUGGGGAAUGAGUAUGGGAAAGCAAGGCUGCUUAGCUCCCAAAACUGUGGCAAGUCAGGUCCAUGUUCUAACGUAUACCUGCUCUGUACCCUGCAGCCUCUCUUCUCUGCAAAAUAAAUAAGUAAACAUUGCUGCCACCGUUCUGCUGAUGUUCCCUUCCUGCCUAUACAACCCCUCACCUUUUAGCAACCUCAAAAAAUACCCGUGCUUUUAAAAUCACAUGGCAUGCCUCCUUGGUAUCCAAAAUGUGAAUGUUUCUAUGGAAGUGUGCCUGUAAAUAGAGCAAAGUUUUGGAGUGUGAAUCAAGUUAUACCAAUACAGGGAUAAAUUCUUCCAGCCUAUGGGGAAUACGUGCAUGUAAUUUCUCCUAACAUUUUCAGAAAUCUCAUGAAUAUCCUAUAUGCAUCAAAGGGAUGCAGCAUAUGCAUCAUAUGGGACUCCUUUGUAUGACAACUGUUUGCAUUAGAAUUCAUUCUAGUGGGACUCACCCAUCUGUGCUGAUCCUGCUGUGUAUGUUUGUGUGAGGUACUCUCUCUUCCCCAAAAAGUGCCUCUUGCACAUGUAACUUUUUUGUUGAGAGUUCUAUUUUUAAAAAUUGUUAACUUUAAGAUAAUCAUCUAUACUAUAUGAAUGGAGAUGUUUCUACCUCUCAUCUUUUCUCAAGUGUCAUCUCUGGCACUUUGUGGAUGUCAAAGCAUGUUGGGGUGCAAAGCCUUGUGCAAAGGGACCUGGUGGAACUGCACCAUCCCUGAGGGAGCCUCAGGAGAAAUUGUCCUUCAAGAAGCACAAUCUCUUCUGAAGCUAACCUGGAGUGCUCACACUGCACUAUUCAGUAGGACAAUGCAGAUUUCAGUGCACUGACUCCACCCUACAGGCCCAUGCAGAGUGUGGGCAGGUCUGUAGUCCUGCCUUCUCCCUGCCUUUUUCUGAACAAUGACCAAACAGCCCCUGUUCAGAGACUGCUAUUGUGAUCUGUUCUUGUGCAGGCCAUGAAAUGAAGGAAAGUCUUUUUAAAAUGACCAUCCCCACACACUUGUGCAAGAGCAAAUUCCAGUCUAGCCCUUGUUAUUUUGUUUCAUGGUUCAAUCACUCUAAGAUCAGACCACGCAAUACCUUGAUUGGACCAGUUGCUGAUACUGAUAUGUAGCAAAAUCCCAUUGUUUUCUGUAGGUAAUUCUAGUGUUUUCCAGUGUUGGCCUCAUAACCAUUUACAUUCCAGAACUGAAUUUAUUUUUGAGGUGGACUGCCUGGACUUCUGAUCCUACUGGCUGUUCACUUUCUUUUAAUUCUUGACUGGUUUUGAAGAAUUUUUAAUCAUCUGUUUGACAAUAAGCCGAUUGUACAUACUUCUCAUUGAAUCUACUCUGUAUACUAGCUAGCCUCUCUAUACUAAAAGGGAUGUUUCCUUGUGCCUAUGGCAAUUUCUUUGGAAUCUCUUCACUAACACAACAUCCACACAAACCCAGUAUUGUCAAUCAAAUGUGACAGGUUUUCUGUGUAAAUGAGAAAUAAAAACUACAACUUCUGUUUCAUGCAGUCAAUACCCAUGAUGUAGAAAUGCAGAAAAGAAUAGUUAUUAGGCUGAGUAUUUCUUACAGAGCAAUGGAAAUUAGAGAUUUGUUAGCAUCCAGAAAUGUUUUCUGAGUUUGGUCUCCAAAGUGCCAAAUAAAGAAGGACUGACAUCUCUGGUCUAUUCUGUGAUACUUCCAUAGCCUGGUGGUGGCUUUUGGUUUUUUGGGGGUUUUGGUUUUUUUUAACCAUUACAUUGUAUAAAUUCAUAUCUAGUUUACUGUAGGUUUUUCUUAGCAGUACUUUACUCUCAGGUAUCUCUCAUCCAUGUAUACGUUUUGUUUCUGUUGGCUCCACUCCCCCCCCCUCCCUUCUGCAGACAUUAUCAGCGUAUUAUUUUUCCAGGUCAGAUCUCAUUUUAUUUUUGAUAUUAGUUCUACAUUAUGUGGUAUUAUUAAUAGUUGCCAGAUCAUCAAAGACUGGAAUGAAAAAUACGAAAAAGGUGCACUCAAGUCAGACAUACAGGUUCAGAUCUACCAGCUAAGGAUCUGGGCCUUGGUUUUACCAGAUGUGUAAAUAUAUACUUGGCUGAAUUUUUAUGAUUCUUUUUGUGUCUUUUGUGCAGGCUUCUUAAACUCAACAGCUACUGAGUCUAAAUCCCCAAUUUUCUCUUCCUCAACUGCAGCUCUUUUAUUACUGCUGUAUUUACAUAAGAACUAUAGAAAAUAGUAUUCUCCCAGAUACAAAGAUAUUGCACUGUAGAGGGUGAGCAGAAAAGCUUUGGUGGUGAUCUGGUAAGUACAUAUGCUUUUGAUGCUUCUCAGUGCUUCUAACAUACUGCAACAGUUACUAACAACCACAGUUUUGAGUGAUAACACUGCUCAAACUGAUAUUCCUUUAGGAAAAUCUCUGGUUUGUAAAUAUAACCAAAAUGCUCUAAUAUAUGCCUCUAGAACCUAUUCCUAACCACAGAUGUAUUGUCUAGAAAAUGCUAGGCUGGUGCAGUGCACAGGAAGUGUUAAGGUGUUAUGCCAAUGUUAAAAUAAGGUCUUUUCUAAGUCUAUGUUGAGGGGGAAUGGUUGUGAGUAGAAGCAAAAGAGAAGAGAUGAAGUGGUGAUGAUAGAACAGGUGAGGGGAGGUUCAUUAAUCUCACUGAAUGGCACAAAGAGACUAAUAUUUUUACAUUCAUAAGGAUCAGUGUUACAAGAAUAAAGGAAAUUAAUUUUCAUACUUCCUUUCUCCUGUGCCAGUCAGACCAGAGCAAACAUAUGUAAGUUCUAUCUUCUAGUCUUAAGCAAACUAUCAGCUGUAUUCCAGAACUUGAAAUAGAUAACACCUUGGCCUCACCUAUUGUAAGAUUGCCUGAGACCCUGCAGACCUCUGCCCUCCAUAUCUAAAGAAGAGUUGGUUAAAUUCCAGCCUGGUGGUCAAGGUUGCUGGAAGACUCACAGCAUAGUAUCCCUAUUUCUAAGGACAGCUAUUAGAAAUCAUAUUUACAUUUUUUUAUUAGAAGCUGGAUUUGCAAUCGUGUAUACUGUAAUAGCUUUCCCUGCAAAGAUUCUACACCUAAAGUUAAGGGGAUGUGCAACACUGUUUCAGCUCACAGCUCUGAGAAACCAAAAAUAGCAUCCAUAAAUGUAAAUGGAGGAUCGGCUCUGAUAAAUCAGGCUUAAUGUUCUGUCAGGGAAGGAGAGUGGUAUUUAUAAAGAUGUCUCUGCACCCAGGGAUUUGACCCACAGUGGUUCUGCAAUCUGGCCAAGUUUUCAGAUGAAUAACUCAGCUGAAUGUGGAAGCCAGAUCUCUGGCCUUCUGCCUACAAGCCCAUAUCUACCUCCUGCAGAAUAGGAUAUUGAAGCAACAGGGCCAAAGAACUUCAUUGUCACCCAUCCAAUAAAUAUAAAGCUACUUCACAGCAAAAGGCUGUUCUACAAACAUUCGUUUGAUCCUGGACAAUUAGUCAGAACAGCUGCUUAUUUUAAAUGAGCAAGCAAAGUGCAAUGAAAAGCAGUUGGAGGGUUUCUUGUUAUUAUUUUUUCACAGUAUCCAAACCUUUCAAACAGCAAAACAGUAUAACCAGGGCUGGGUUAUGUAAGAGUAUGUCCUAUACUGGAAAUGAAGGUGGAGCUGUUGAAUGGGAAGGCAUUGUUUUAAUCACUAGCACAACAGUGUGAUAAGGGCUAACAACCUGUGUACGUACCUAGGGCAUGGCCUGGGCUAAUAACCUGCGUGACGUACCCAGGGUCCACAGAGGGCUUGUAUUCGGAUGGUGUCAAGAUUCCUUCCCCACUCUG